GGCAGCAAGUAAGGCUGGGCGGAGGCUGUGACGGUUCAGAACUUGGUUUUGAUAUUUCCUGAGCCAACCACAAAGCCUAUCCAUCGAUUCAGGCAUCUCACACCACAGGACACCACUUUGCUCCAGGCAUCGCGAUGAAUCUCAGCAACGGGCCUGACUUGAUCCUCAUGGACAGUGCUGACACCCUCGUUUACAUCGACGACACACAAGCACACCGGUCAAGCUAUUCCUUGCAACCACAAUGCGCAGCUACGAUUCCUCACCGAGUUCACAGCCAGAGUCUACUGUCCACGGAUUCAACCUACUUUCGCGAACUAUUUGAGCCUAGAGCUCAGUCCCGAGUCCUAAAACGUCGCAAGCUGGAUGGGGCGUUGCCUGACGGCGUGAAGUUUGUUCUUGAUCUCACGCCGCCCACCACAGACGAUGAAGGGGUGAGGUUCACUGCAGAGCUUUCGUGUCCGCUGGGGUUACGAAAAUGGGCUCGCGCACAAGAUCGCUGGACCCUCCCGUUUCAUCUUGUUAGCGGCGUAGACGAUGGACUUGAACGCUCCAGUAGCAGUGACGAGCCCGGCAUCCCUGUUGAGUAUUCGGAGGCUCGCAACCGCCGGGGGAUUGCCCAUGUCCUCCAAGCCUUAGAGGGGUUGAAACCUCGGCUUAACACUCCGUGCAAGCUCUGGACAUUCCUUGCCUUGGCUAAGCUGUAUGGCAUCGCCCAUCAUCCACGGGCCAAGGUCCCGAUCUUGACCUGGAUAUACGAAGGUAGGAAUUCUCUGCUCAUUGAAAUCCACCCCGAGAUUGCAUACGGAAUAGCUUGCUCUAUCCAGUGUGAUUACUUGUGCCAGGACUCAUUUGCGGUCUUGGUCGGAGAGGCAUCUUUGCGACUCAUGGCGGAGCCGGACGCAACACAUACCCGUCCUUGGGAUUCGCACGAGACUCUGUACGGCCGGGUGCGGGAGGUGCUGGAUGAUGGGGACCGGCAGCGAGUGGAGUAUGCCAGUCAAAGCUUCAAGGACCAUGUCAUUGACACUUUUCUUGAGCUCGUUGGCAGCGAGAUGCAAUGGCUGGAAAGAUUGCCUGCGGUCCGCAAAGUGCUCUUACACGAAGCAGGCGGCCCUCCUUGUUCACUUGCAUCUAAGCUCAUCAAGUGUCUCAAAAGCUAUGUGCGAUAUCAUAUUAUUGAUGCAUUAGAUACCGACCUGGUAACUUGGAAGGAGAUCUCAGUGCUACAUGAGCCCGACGAUGAUUACCCGGGAGAGCGGUUUCUGAAAGCUUAUACCAAGAUGCAUUAUACCGAGCGCAUUAUGAGCCGCACCUUCUGGAAGAACAUCGGGUCAAAAGAUUGGAGCGAUCUCCCACCGUCAGCUUUCGUAAGCCUGCGCUCAGCCAACUCCAUCGCAAGUCAAUCGGUCGCCGAUCUGGGCCGUCAUCUACAGCCAUUCCGAGCGCAGGAAGAUACCAAGAUCGGAUUUAUCGACACGGAUGACAUGAUUGGAGAGGUCAACCGCUACAACGCCCACUUCGGCUCGGGUCGUCCGAUUUAUGGCGCGAAUCUUGUUAUUGCACGCCACACUGAAGAGCUGGAUGCAGCAUGGAACAACACCCUGGGGCGUCUCUCGAUCGAAUCACACUCCGGUCCAACCUGCCAUCUCAGAGGCUUUGACCCGGAAUGGUACUAUAACUUCAACCCUCAUGAUUUUCUCAACCAACUUUCUUCGUAUCUGCACUCAAUCUGCCUGACUGCGAAUGAAAUGAAGUAUCUUCCCUUGUGGGCGGGAGGUAACGACGAUGGCUCUGGAGGUGUCUUUGCCGACCUUGACAUUCCAAAUGCCGAGCAUGCAGGAUUCGCGACGCCGGGACCGGGGAUACAUAUAGGAAGCUCGGUUGCUUCAAAGCCGCUCUCAGACUAUUCUUCCACCGUGUAUGAGAGUACGGUGCAAGGUGCGUCGCACGGGGCCACGGGUGGAUUUGGCACAGAUGUCAUGUCCGUCAGCAUGGCUAGCGAAAGAAGCGGUAUUGAACAAUCUAUUGCAGAAUUUGAAGACUUGUCACUUGAAGAUGCAAUCCAGCCACUCUAGGCUUAUGCAUGGGGACAAAAGAAGUUUUAUGUGGGAUACUACUGAGAAAAAUUAGUGAGAAUCUAAAGCAAGAUCAUCUCUG